GAUGGCACUAGAUGAAAAGGGUCAGAUUAUUAUUCUAAGUGUCUGACACUGCAGAGCCGAUGAUCUGGACCAGAGAGUUGGCUGUAGCACAACCAGCUCUCAACUUCAGCCUGUCUGUAUCCAAAGGUAACGUCUGUAAAAGCUGCGCCAAGUGCAGCUCGACAUUUAGUUGGCACAAUUCGGAAAUUUGCAAGUGAAAAUCUUUUUAAACAAAACGAAGCUAACCUGUCUGUACUCCAAAACAAAAACUCUCUGGAUCUGCUGUCUCCACACUCCUGUUCACGUUCCAUGCUAUAACCUCCAUGGAUCCACACCGCUGUCUUCUGGCAAGUCACCUCGCGAGAUUUCAGAAUGAGACUUUUCCAUCUUCCGAUAAUGUUGUCAGACACUUAGAACAAUAAUCUGAGCCUGUCAGCGGCAAAAACAGAACUUUUAGUGGACGCUGACUGACGCUGAACAUUUGUCCUGUAGGGUUAGAUUGCAGCUCGGUUCACGGCUGCCGGUUACAGCGUUCUCGCUCAACGCUGGACCAAUUUCCAACAUAGUCACUUACACACAAGUGUGUGGGAAAAUAGGGUUGAAAAUAGGUUGAAAAAUACUGAAAUUCUCAUUUAAAUAGAGAUACAAAGGAUGACACAACUGAAAGCAGAACAGUGUGAAAUCACGAUUCACGUGAGCCUUGAUGCCCCCAAAUGACUGGGCUGAAACAGGAAAUGGACCACUUCCUGUGCACUGCUGGUAGACUGCAUACAAACAGUAUACAUGUACACAUUCAGAACGUGAGCUUCAGUGAUGAAAUGAAUGUAUUCAUAUGUGACGGCCUGUGCAGUCAUUGUAAAACUCAAAGUGAUGGCUUUAAUGAUGGCGUGGCUGUAACAGCAGCAUAAUAAUAAUAAUAAUAAUAAUGAUGUGCUUCAUAUGUUCACUGCUUCCUGUAUAAUGCACUGUGAGUGAUUCAGUCUGAGUACUUCACUCUUGUGGUAAUGGAACAGAGAAACCACCAAGAGGAUGUGCUCACUUCCUCACUCUGCUGCUGAUGCUGACUGCCUCUCUCUGUCUCUGCAACAACUGGCACUGUAUGUUCUCUACCGAGACAUUUCAACAGAAGGAAUGAAUGCUGUCCUUCUGUACGAUUUUCCCCCUUUGCACGUUUUUUAAAUUCCAGAACAAAAAUUGCUGAUUUCAUCCUUGUUGAAUGAUAAUGAGACGUGUUUGUUGUGUCUGGUGAGCGUGUGUGUGCAUGAAGAGAAACAAAUCCAGUUGUCAAACUUCUCAUUGCAUAUAAAUGGAUGACUGCUUCAUAUAAAAGUGAUUAGAAACAGAUGCAUGACGCCGUUUCCGUUUCUUUGGUGUGUGUUUUUUUUUUCCAGCAUGAAAGGGUUUCAUGUUGCAUUCCUUGCAAGGACACAGACUCACAGUCAUUAAAAAACUAGACCAGCAGGUUUUUUUGUAAUUGGACAGGAAGCAUGUAAAGAGGGAUGUACAUGAAAACAGAGAAAGGGAAGUAAAGUGCAGCUGUGCCUAUCUCUUUAGUGGCAGCGCAGUGGGGACUUCCCUUUGCAGGAGAUCAAGAGGCUGUGGGCGGGCCGGAAGGAGCGCCGGACCGACUGAAGGAGGAGUCUGAAGAGAACCAGUGCCAGCCGAAGGGAGUGGCUCAAACAGGCUUGGCAGAUUUGUUUUGUCUUCAGCUGUGAAAGAACACAGGAGAACAGGGAUUGACUGCAAACACUCAACAUUUUUCUCUUUUCACUCUCUGUCUUUCACUUGGGUUCAUUUCUCGUGGAGUGUGUCUGAAACCUCCCCGCUGACGCCAUGGAUAACUUCCAGACUGUCCUGCGUUUCUUCAUGAACCAGAAAUCCACCAUUGGCUACAGCUUCAUGGCUCUCAUGACUGUAGGUGGGGAGCGAAUCUUCUCCGUGGUUUCCUUUCAGUGCCCGUGCAACCACGACCAGAACUUUGCCUACGGGCUGACCUUCCUGCUGGGCCCGGCUGCAGUGCUGCUGGUUUUGGGUCUCUUGUUCACCGGCAGGCUGUGGAGGCUCUACACUGGUUGCUGCCUCAACCCCAUGAAGCUGUGCCCCCGUGGGAACUGCUUGGGCCACCUCCGGGUGUUGAUGAGCAUUUUCUGUGGCGCUUGCGUGGCUCCUGUAAUGUGGCUCGCCGUGGCCCUGCUCAAUGGGACCUUCUAUGAGUGUGCGGUCAGUGGUCUGGAUGAUAACCUGGUGGUGGACCUGUUCUGUAAAAACAAGACGUUGGCGUGUCGGGAGGAGCUGGCCCGAGUGCCCUGUGAUCGCUCCAAACUGUCCAGCGAUGAGCGCAUGGAGCUGCUGCUCAUGUUCAGGGCCCAGUCCCAGAUCCUGGGCUGGUGUGUGAUCAUCACCGCUGUCGUCGGGGGCCUCGUGGGUACCUGCUACAAAAACUGCCGCUCCAAAGUCAGCUUCCUGCAGCUCACCUUCUGGAAACGCUACAUGGAACAAGAGAAGGAGCGCUUUGAUACUCUCGCUGUGGAAUACGCCAGCAAACUGGCCGACAGAAACCUGCAGAGCUUCUUUGAGAACAAGGAGCCUGCUCCGUUCCCUUUCCCCAACCACAGGGCAUGGGAGGAGAUCUCUGCAUACUACACCUUCACCCAGAGCGAGCAGUGCUACAGCACCCUGCAGCGCUAUGUGGAGAGGACAGACAGGGACUUCCCAGAGAACAAACCUGUGUUGGACGUAGAGCAUGGUGGAAGAGAUAUGCUCUGAGAAACAACUGACUGUGGUGAGACUGUUAUUAAAGGACAAAUCUGGCGCAAAAUGAACCUAGGGGUUAAUAACACAUGUGUACCGAGUUCGACCGUUCUCUG